UGCAGGGGAAGCAGAAGAAGGCGCGGAAAUACGCGGUGAUGAAGCGCAUGAUCAGCCUGCGGGACCAGCGCAUUAACGAGAAGGACCGGGCGAAAGCCCGCGAAAAGAAGAAGGAGGACCCGAGUGCCAUCAAGGAGCGUGAGGUCCCCCAGCACCCCUCUUGUUUGUUCUUCCAGUAUAAUACCCAGUUGGGCCCCCCUUACCACAUCCUGGUUGACACUAACUUCAUCAACUUUUCUAUCAAGGCCAAGCUGGACCUGGUGCAGUCAAUGAUGGACUGUCUUUAUGCCAAGUGCAUUCCAUGUAUCACAGAUUGUGUAAUGGGAGAAAUUGAGAAGUUAGGACAGAAGUACCGUGUGGCAUUAAGAAUUGCCAAGGACCCUCGGUUUGAACGCUUGCCAUGUACGCACAAAGGAACUUACGCAGACGACUGCUUGGUACAGAGAGUCACUCAGCACAAAUGUUACAUAGUGGCCACAGUGGAUAAAGAGCUCAAGAGGAGAAUACGAAAAAUCCCUGGAGUACCUAUAAUGUAUAUUUCCAGGCACAGAUACAAUAUUGAGAGGAUGCCAGAUGAUUACGGAGCUCCUCGAUUCUAACCUGCCUGGCCGAGCCAUUGAUGCCAGGACUCUGAGCCAGGAUAAGCGUCCUUCUGGUUCCAGCCCUCCUGCUUUCUUACUUGCUGAGACUCUGCUCAAAGGACUGUGGGUGACAUUGGAUUUCAUAGCCUUGAUCCUCUAAGAGAAAGCUACAUGGAGGAUUCUGUGUUUAUUCAUCCUUAUUCUGAUUUGUCCUGAUUACCUACAGUUGGGAAAAGCA